AUGGUUGGUAUACUGAAGAACCCGUUGUCAAAGGAUGAUAUUCCCGCUGUUGAUGAAUCGGAGAAUGUGGCUGAGUUCAGGAAACAGGUGUUCAUGAACACGCAGUUGAAUGCGAAACUGACAAAGGGUCAGGCAUCGGAGAUUUAUAACGAGCUUGCUGCUAAGGAGAAAAGUUUGAGAGAGGGCGAUCCCAAAUCGGGCCAUGGAUUUGUGCCAAGGGAUUCUGUUUCUUUGAAACAUGAGCACGAUGUUCCUACUCUGGAAGAAGAAAUAAAUAGCAGCGAGGACGGGGGCAACAAUCUCCAGUGGAACAAGAACAAUCUUGCGGAAAAUGAGAUCAAAAAACUGCAAUACGCUAACAUUCACGUGGAUGAGCCCAAGACACCAUACCAAGGAGCUGUUGACCCGAGUGGGGAGUACUACACACCUGACGAUGAAGACGAGCCUCAAGGCACCGGCGACGGUGCCGGCGCCAGCAACGUGAGAUCGUUGAGCGACCUGGACGGGUUUACACUUGGUGAGCCGGAGUACAAGAUGGAGCCGGUCAAUGACGAUGGCAGGAUAGAGAUGGACCCUGACGAGGUACAGGAGGCGGACGAAGAGGCUGCCGAAGAAGCCAAGCACAGGCGCUUUGAAGAGAUGAGGAAAAAACAUUACAAUGUGAAGGAAGUGUUCAAGAACAGACACCCUGCAGAUGACGAGUGA